CGCGGUCGGAGUCGCGUUGCGCCUGCGCCGCGCGGCCAUGUCGGCGCCGUUCGAGGAGCGCAGCGGCGUGGUGCCGUGCGGGACGCCGUGGGGCCAGUGGUACCAGACGCUGGAGGAGGUGUUCAUCGAGGUGCGGGUGCCGCCCGGCACGCGAGCGCAGGACGUGCGCUGCGGCCUCCACAGCCGGCACCUGUCGCUGGCCGUGGGCGGGCGCGACAUCCUCAAGGGCCGCCUCUUCGACGCCACCAUCGCGGACGAGGGCACCUGGACGCUGGUCUCCCGGUGGCCCCUUUCGCUGCCCAGAGGACAGGAAGAUGGUGCGCAUCGUCCUGACGAAGACCAGGCGGGACGCGGCCAACUGCUGGACGUCUCUGCUGGAGUCGGAGUACGCGGCCGACCCCUGGGUGUGCGACCAGAUGCAGAGGAAGCUCACCCUGGAGCGCUUCCAGAAGGAGAAUCCUGGUUUUGACUUCAGUGGAGCAGAAAUCUCAGGGAACUACACCAAAGGUGGGCCUGACUUCUCAAAUCUUGAGAAAUAGCCGUUAUCACUGUUUGCUGCCUUCUGUGGAUCCCAGCAGAAUCUGCCAAACAUGAGGACCAGUCAUCUCUGUGGUGGAAGUCCAGUGUGGAUGCCUGCAGCUGACAGUGCAAAGUACACUCAGGUGCGUUUCUGAAAGUGGCAUUUCAGGAAGCACCUGCAAGCUGUGGGGACUCUGCUGAUAGAUGCUGACUUCGUUGGGGGCUUUGAGCUGGGCUCUUGUCCUGGUCAUUUCUCCAGUACUUCUUCUUGUUGGUUUACCCAUUUUAUAUAGAAUGUUAUGAGGUGUCUCUCUCAGUACUUUUCAAAUUACUGCUCACUCUUGCCUGGAUUGACUUGUGUCUAAGUAAGGUAAUUAAAGGGUUCACAGUUGUGGAAAUUGACAGUUGUUUCAAUAUUACUUUAAUUCCUGAGUUAGAGCUCAGUGGCUUAAAAGCCUCUUUUGUGCUUUUUCUUCCCUGUAGGCUAUGGGAGCCUGAGGGCUUUUAAACUAUAAGUAGGCUUCUUAGCUUAAUCACAGACUCCUGACCAAGAGAUAAAGCAGGGAGAUUAUCUGGCAGAGACAACCCAGUGGUUAUGCAAAGAGACUCACAGCCCCACCCGCUAGGCCACCGAGGUGUAGAUCUUCUCCUGAGUUUCCUGGUCAGUUCUCUGCUCCCUGGUGUCAGCACAGGAACUCCCCUGCUGCUCCAGAUUCUGAGAGCAGCAGCAAUGGAGACUCACAGUGGCAUUUGGUGAGUCUCAGGGGAGUCCUCUCCUCCCUUCAGCCGUCUUUUUGUUGGUGAAACAGACUGGAGGUGGUGUCUCAAUUAGUAAACUGCCGGACUGUUACCAGCCACUCAGUCUCUCCCUAGGCUCCUCUCUGUCCAGGAGCCACACGUGUCUGCACUCACCGGUGAUUUGAAGUCGUUCUGUGUUGUUAGAGUUAGGGGCUCCAGCAGGCCGGGCUAGCUUCGCAGAGGUGAACAGAGACUCGGGGACACACGGCUGGGCCGGGAAGCUGUAUUUCUU